CAACGUGAACAUGCUGAUGUUAUGGCCAGCCUUCAACGAAAGGUGGAGGAGUAUCGACGUCGUAUUGCGGACAUUGAAAGUCAAAUCGCCAGUCAUCGCACCGAUGAUCGGGUCACGUUCAAUAUCACCGAAGUUGGAGGCGAAACUUGGGCGCCAGAGGUGAAGGACAUGGGCGCCGAAUACGAGCUCGCAAGUCGUUUGGACGACGAACGCAGGAAAAAUGAAGAACUUCGCCUAAUGAUCAGUCAAUUGCAAACGGAAAUCCAGCGUCUCCAGCAGCAAUACGACGCCAAUCUGAAGGACAAGGAGAGGGGCUAUCAGAUUCGUGAACGGGUCAGCCGGCACUUGUCACUUUUUCUACUCAACACAAGUCUCUCGUAUUUUCUCCGAUGCGCUUAG